ACUAUCAAUCAUACAAAUCAAUUCAAACAUAUUUUCUGUCCAUUCUACUCGUAUCUUUUUAUUUUUCUUUUUUAAUUAAACAAUAUAACCCUAUCAUCAUUCAUCAUCAAUUCACCGGCAAAAUGUGCAGUUUAGAAAAACGCGGCAACAUAUUUUACCUAACGUUAACCGGCACCGACGACCACCGUUUCAAUCCAACUGUCAUCUCUUCAAUCCGUUCAUCUCUAGCUCAAGUCAAAUCUCAGUCAACGCCCGGCACCGUCUUAAUAACCGUUGCUGAGGGCAAGUUUUUCUCAAACGGAUUCGAUCUCGCAUGGGCGAAAGCAUCUUCCGGUGGAUCUUCGUCGGAAGCGGUUAAUCUUCUCCGCCAUAUGGUGCGUCUGUUUAAGGAUAUGGUUGCGGACUUGAUCUCACUUCCUGUGCCGACGGUCGCCGCCGUUACUGGUCACGCUGCGGCGGCUGGUUUGAUGCUUGCGAUGAGUCAUGAUUAUGUUGUGAUGCGGCGUGAUCGGGCGGUUUUGUAUAUGAGUGAGGUUGAUAUUGGAAUGACGUUGCCGGAUUACUUCACGGCGUUGAUCAGGUCGAAGGUGGCUAAACCGGAAGCACGACGGGAUUUGUUGCUGCGCGGUAUGAGAAUAAAGGCAGAUGAAGCAUUAGCCAAGGGUUUGAUUGAUUCAGCACAUGAUAGCGCAGAGAAGGCAACGGAGGCUGCUGUGCAUAUGGGUGAAGAGUUGGCUAAAAGGAAGUGGGAUGGCGAGGUUUACGCCGAGAUUAGGAAGUCGUUGUACCCGGAGUUACUUAGUGUACUUGGCUUGACGGAUAAAGGACUUAUAAAAGCUCGGUUUUAGAAGAUGUGGAACUUGUAUAAGAUUGUUUCUGUUGUUGGGGAAUGUUUGACUCUUUACGGAAUGCAAUGUAAUUGAAGAAUAUUAAUAAUGUAUCAAUUUAAAAGUAGACAUUGUUCUCUUUUUAAA